AUGAGUUGGUCCCAACGUGAGGCAGUUCGUCAUUUGACCAGUAGCUUGUCAUUUGACCCGCUGUCCGUGGUUACGUCCCCAGCAAGUUUGCGUGUUCAUAUUCCGCUACUGGCUAUACUCAACUGGUGCAGGACUACGUCUCCAAGCAAACUGCAGGCAGUUCGUCAUUUGACCAGUAGCUUGUCAUUUGACCCGCUGUCCGUGGCUACGUCCCCAGCAGAUUUGUGCACCUUUGAGAGCCAGUUUUUCGCUACUUCUGCCGAAAGGAAGAGAUUAGAGGAGAUCAAAGGAAAAGAUAAAGGUCGCAAUAAAAAG